GGCAGAACUGAAUGCAUACAGUAUCGUUUUGGAUACCAGUCUGAAAAAAUGGAUCUAUGGCCUCAUGCUGAUAUCUUUCAUUUACGUGCUCACAGCGUCUUAUUUUGAAACGAAAGUCUAUGGAAGGAUAAUAGACUUGCCCGCUGUUAUCAUCGUCCAUGCUACCAUUUCACUUACAUUUUCACUAGUGUUCUUUUUAGGAUUGCUCAGUCUAUCUACAGCGAUCGGCCUAAAAAAGCGUAUAAAGGACAGCCAACGAGCUCAGGACAUUGCUGCGUACAGAAAACUAUGGGUUAAGCUCGCCCACUUGACCACCGAAAUAGGCAACGUUCUUGGUCCGACGAUGAUGGAAUGGCUACUCAUCGGCAGUAUUGCAGUAAUCAUCAGCUGUUACUCCUUGAUCUAUCUUCUUUAUGACAUCGCAGCGCACAAUGCCAUCGAUCAAAGCGAGAUCAACUCAGGGGUUUUCUUUCUGGUUAUGAGCUCUAUCUUAUUGAUCUUUCUUUGCGAGUUUGGGAACAGACGCACUUCUUCUGUGGGAACUAAAGUACAACAAGAACUUCUACGUUUGAGCUUUACAGGAAGGGACAAAGAAUUUCAUCAAGAGGUUAAUUUAUUUAUCCAAACAAUACAUUUCCGGUUUCCGAAUUUUGUGCUUUGUGGUUUUAUCACUCUCAACCGACAAUAUUUGGUUUCCCUUAUCUCAGGUGGAAUCACUUACCUCAUAGUUCUUGUCCAGUUUCGUAGCAACCAGAAUACAGAAGAAUAA